AAAAGGUGGUGUUGUUGUUUUGUUGUUGAACAUCGUUUGAAUGGACAACAAGGUGUUGUUUAGUUAGAAUUUGCAACUCUUGAAGUAUUUUAGAGGAUAUCAGUACCGUGCCAUAUUAUUAACUGAACUUUUCAGAUUAUAAUGCGCAAAUCAAUAGUUUGCCUUUAAUAUAUCAUUCAAUGGUAAUCCACUGAAGAAUAGUAAUCGAAAGGGAACCAUUUCAUUUAACUUUCACCAUGACCAACUUAAAAGUACUGAACAGCAGCACUGACAGUAGCUCAGGAUCUUCAUCAGACUCUAGCAGUAGUGUGAGCUCUUCAACUAGUUCUGGAUCCGGAUCAACCAGCUCUGACUCCGAAUCAUCCACCUCCGAUACCCCAGCGACCACUGCCCCAGCCCAACCACCUAAAUCUCCAGCUAAACCUGCACCUGAGGAAACGAAGAAAAAGGAGGAACCUAAACCAAGGAGACCGUCUAAAGUCAAAGUAUCAUCAUCAAGUGAAGAUGAAACCCCUAAACCUGCUAGCCCCAAACAACAGCCACCACGACGACGGUGCUCUGCAAAACCUAAAUCCGCUGUCGCUGUAUUGGCUAAAGGCAAAUCAUCAGCAAGACCGGCAACUGGAGGAAAAACUGCGAAGCCAGCACCCAAACCUGCAGCAAAAGCAAAAAAUGACGCUUCUAGCUCAAAAAAGAAAAGUAUAUUUUCACCGGACAACAGCUCAGAAUCAGAGUCUGAAAGCAAAUCUUCCAAAAGUCCGAAAGGAUCUCCAAGACCAAAGAGAAGCUCUCAGAAAUCUAGUGAUGAGAAAGAUACAUCCCCAGUUACCGCUGUAGAUGUUGAAGAAUCCGUCUCGAAAGAUGGGAACAAACGGAGAAGUGGUAAUAGAUCCAGUGGACCGCCACCAAAGAAACCUGUCGAGGGGAAAAGCACAACGUCAUGUUCUUCGAGUCAAUCAUCAGUCGAGUCCGUCUCCUCUGAUAGCAACAGCGAACCGACGCCUAAGAAAGAACCGGCGAAGACUGGCAAAACUAAACCGCCCGCUUCUUCAAAGAAACAAGAGGAGGCGUCGUGCCGCAAGCUCACGCGGUCGCUGGCGCGCGGCGCCGCCGGAGACUCCGACCACCGCGACAAGAGCAAGGACAAUAAAAAAGCAAUGAAAGCCCGAUGUGUGCCCCGCUCGCCUCCCGAACCAGAACCAACGGAACCACAGGAAAGGCGGUGUCCUGUGCGGGGAUGCGAUUCAUCAGGACAUUUAGGCGGCAAAGCGGCCCGGCACUUCACGUGGGCGGCGUGCCCGGUGUAUCACAACGUGACGCGCGCGCAGUGCGCGGCCGCGGCGGAGGAGCGCGCGGCGGCGGCGGGCACGCGCCGGCGCGCGCUCGCGGCGCUGCAGCUGCGUCCGCGCGCGAUGCCCACCAUCGACCAGCGCGCCUACCAGCUCAAAGUUAAGGACAUGCGCUCAAAAUGGAAAGGCAGCCAGGAACUCCGCGACAAGCUCGCGGCUUCCACAGAAGAAGUUACAGAAGAGAGGGAACCAUUGUUGGAUGGUUUCGCCCCGGAUUACGACUUACGAUUGUUCCGCGAAGCCCAGGCCUUAGCUGCCGUAAAAGUUGAAGACGAAUUGGGCGAUCUGCCAAGUGAUAAGGGAACCAGAUACGUAGUGAUGGGUAAAUACAUGAUGGAAGUGUGGUACCAGUCCCCGUACCCGGGAAAUGCCGCGAGGGUGCCACGACUGUUCGUGUGCGAGUUCUGUCUCAACCACCAGCAGUCAGCUUCUGGGCACGCCAGGCAUCGCGCCAAGUGUGUGUGGAAACACCCGCCAGGGGACGAGGUGUAUAGAAAAGACAACCUGAGCGUGUGGCAAGUAGACGGCCGGAAGCACAAGCAGUACUGCCAGCAGCUGUGUCUUCUUGCGAAAUUCUUCUUAGACCACAAGACUUUGUACUAUGAUGUAGAGCCAUUCCUCUUUUACGUGAUGACCUGCGCUGAUGAAGAGGGGUGCCACGUCGUUGGGUACUUCAGUAAGGAAAAGAACUCGUUCCUGAAUUACAACGUGUCCUGCAUACUGACCCUGCCGCCAUACCAGAGACAGGGCUACGGGAGACUGCUCAUAGACUUCAGUUACCUCCUCACGAAAGUGGAGGGCAAGGUCGGCUCCCCGGAAACUCCGCUCUCGGACUUGGGUCUCAUAUCCUACAGGUCGUAUUGGAAGGAGGCAUUGCUCCGGAGACUGUGUUCUGCUCCCGGCUCCACUCUCUGCAUCAGGGACUUGAGCAAAGACCUCGCUAUCGCGUCCUCAGACAUCGUGUCCACGCUACAAGAACGGGGCUUGAUGAAGUAUUGGAAGGGCAAGCAUAUUGUGCUCAAGAAACAGGAGGUGUUGGAGGAGGUGUCGCGGCGCGCCGGACGCGCGCGAUGCGUGGACGCGUCGUGCCUGCGCUGGGGCGCGCCGGCCGCGCCGCCGCCGCGCUGACGUCGCGCGACCAGCGCGCGCCUCGCCCGCGUCUCCAGGCCCGACAGCAGCGCAGCGCGCGCGUUGCUCUAGGGUCCGACCUACUCAAGCCUGGUGGUGAAGCGCGGGAACGUAACGACAAUCGUCCGUUGUCGCCGAUACCCCCAGCCUGAGUAGAUUCCCACAAUAGUCCAAUUUCAUGUUACAGGAACUUUUUUAAGUGAGUGAAACCACAAUGUAUACAAUAAAAAUGGCAGGUACAAGUAGUCAAAUUGAGUUACAGGAACUUUGAUAAGUGAGUGGAAAUAUUACUAGUUUGCAGUUGUCGCACAUGAAGCUAUAGAUAAGCCUGAAGCCAGCACUCCUUACAACUUUUUGUUGCAAGGUACAUAGAUUGCUAUCUCGUUCAUCAGUAAGGCUGACCUCUCUUUCUUAUGCAUUGCGAGGUAUAUACUAAGGUGUACUAACCGUGUAAUUAUAUCUUUCAACGCGCAAGGAGAGGGUCAGCUACCGAUGAAUGAGCUAGCAAUACAAUACUUUGGAUCAUAAAGUUUUUGAGUGUUCUGGCUCCUUACCUAUAGCUCUAUGUUGACGCCGGAUAGUAUAUAGGUACCUAGUUUAAUUAUCGGUUUUUUAUUAAUGAGUGGAAUUAUAAACGCAUAGAGUAGAUAUUUAGACAAUUGUGUGCAAAAUGCUUAGUCAAAAUAUAAGUUUCAUGAACUUUAAUAUAAGUGAGUGGAAAUAUCGUCGAGCACAUAAUACAAUUACUGGAUAUUUGCGAUUGGAUAUAUAAUAUACAAAUAUAUUUAAUCCAAUCACAACUUUGCUGUGAAACUUCAAUACCGCAUGGAGUAACGUUUGUGUUGUUCGCAUAUGCGCGGUAUAUAACCAGAACGUCAAAUUAAUUUUUAAAACUGACCUUCCACAAUAUCUGCACCCUAGCAGUCAACUCGUUGACGUUUAUCUGGAUAUAUACACUUAGAAAACCCCAUGUAUACAUGUACAGUCUGUCUAUAAACAGAAAAUACUGGGAGCUUAUCAACCAAUCUUGACCAUUCUAUUUGAUAUUGCAAUGGCAAAAUAUUUAGUUCGCUCGUAAAAAUCCGUUUUCUAGUCUUUAUAUACAGACCGUAUGUUGAAACACUUCUGCCGGCAUCGGAUGAGAAGCUGAAAAAUAUGACACAUUGUGUCGACCUCCAUAGUGAAACUAAGAAAAUUAACAAAAAUAUCUAGACCGUUAUUUUCCGACUCCGAAUAUGUAAAUAAUUUAUCGGAAAAGAGAUUGCUUUCAGAGUCACCCUGUUAUUAAAAAAAUAUAUUUACUAAUACUUUAAGUAUGUUUUGUCUCGUUCUGUCAAUGUCAAAGUGUGAUGUCACAAAACAUACUUUAACUUAAAGUGGACUUUAUCUUUUUUUAAGUAUAACAGGGUUAGAUUCAGACAACAUUAUUAUAGCACUUGCGGAUAUACCCAAACCAUGCAUUGCAUAUAUUGACCAUUUUUUCAAAAUUUUACUAAAUGUACAAAUUAUAAAAUUGUAUAUCAUAAAUGUAGGAGAAAAAUUGCAAUAAUUGACAUACAUAUAUAGAUUCUGUAUAUAUAUAUGUUUUAGUAUUCAAUACAUUAUAACUGGAUGUGAUAGUGAUAAAUUGUAGAUUAUUUUCCAAAUUAAAACUUCAAAUUUAUGCUAUUUAUAAAAAUUUUAAAUUGGUACGUUUGUGUGUUGGUUUACUAAGCUUAUACUAUUGUCAAAACGAAAAUCAAUGUUAUAUUAAUUUCCUUUAAGAAGUGUAAAAAAUUUAUUCAUAUAAAAAUGUGAAAAUUGAUCAAUGUUAGCCUUUUAGUUAAUUAAAUAUGUAUAGUUUGUACUUUUGUAAAGUUCAAUUUAGUUAAUAUGUAUUUGUCGUUAAUAAGUGACUGUAAUAUAUAGAAUGGUAAAUGUUUUUUUAUUGCUGCUAGUGGUCCAUAUAAUAAUACUAUAACUCCAUAUUCACUAAUAAUAGAAUUCUCAAUACUACAGCAGCAGAAGAGUCACAACCGAUCAGGGUUAGCUGCCAUCAAGUCAAAUCAAACACUUUUUUCAUGUGUCAAAAACAAAAUGACAUAAGGCUUGUAUGAUAUUGGGCACAAGUGACGUCACAAAUGUUGUAGUCAAAAAGCGUUUUAAUUAUAUUUUAAUGAGAACAAAAAUACCAAAUGUUCUUAUGAAUAAAAUUAAAGUGACGCUUGAUUAUUGUGUUUCUUUAUGUAAUUGCAUUUAUACAUAUUGUUUUAGUCACAGAUAACAGGAUUCAGUCACAUAUUGAAACUGGGUAGCUUGUGAAAGAAACAGUUUCAUGAGUGCCUUUAUUCAAAUUCAAAUUAUUUAUUCAGAAAUUAGACCUUCACAGGCAUUUUUUCACGUCAUUUUUAAUAUUAAAUAGUUAUUUCUCACAAGCUACAAACUACUGGCAUUUCGGAACGACCACUGCUGAGAAGAAAUGCCGAUAGAAACUCAUUUGAACAGUGUUGGUCCCUAUCAUGCCAGAAGGGCUUACCAUUACUUUGUCACGUAAGUUCAUUAUGUACUUAGUCAAAAAAACUUUGUCUUUAAAACCGAUAUGACAUUCUAUUUAAUUCAAUUGUAUUUGUAUGUGUGUUUUAGCAAUAAACAAAUUGUUAUUUAAAUACUUAAAAAUAUAGGUUGUUAGUUUAAACACCGUUAUCACUCAAGCCGCUCAGUCCCCGCGUACUAGCGCAACCAUGACAUUAUUUCUUACAGAAAAAAAAGAUAUUUUAACAGAUUAUGCCACAUUAGAUAAAGAAUUUUCUUAGAAAGCGUAUUAUAGUUUUCUAUAAAAAAAUGUGGUCACAGUUGACAAGUUUUUGCGGCUACCGUUUUUGAUUUAGUCAAUUGUGACUACAUUGUGUAAUAAACAUCUAUAAUACUUAAUAAUUAAUUAUAAUGUCCUUGGUUGCGGUGAAGUUUGUUGCGCCCUUCUUUUUGGAUUCAUGAUGCUAAAUCUCUUAUAUCAUGGAUAACUUGCGUUUAACCUAACACUUUGUAUAACUGACUUUAAAUCAUAUUAAUAAUAUUUAACUGUUCUACAACUUGUAAUGUAUAAUGGUGUGUUUUUAAUGUAUUUAGAUAUUAUAUUAAAUUUGUUUUUUGUUUCA